GCCGGUGUUUCCGAGCUCACAGCGCAGUCGACAGACAGUGGGCGAACCGGAUGCUAAUUUGGUUCAAUUCCUUGCAGAGUGGUUUUAUGCUUCACAUGUAUCUCAGUGGAGGCGCCUCUGUCCUAGAAACUUUAUGGAUUCCGCUACAACCCUGUAAUUUUGAAAUACGCUCUGUAUUUGUCGUUUAAAGCCAUUUCACUUGCGCACGGGAUCUAGACAAUUAACUGGAAAAAAAAAUGAUUCCCCGAACGGGUGCGGGCUAUGGUGUGGAGGUCUGAGGCAUGGCCUGUUUCUGGGCCCCCUGGGUGAACAACACCCAGUAGCCCUGAGAUGAUGAGUGGCCCUCCGCCCUGGCACUCCUCUAAGUGAUGAAGACCCUUGCCAUCCUCCUCCUCACCCUGUCUGUCCUGUGCAGAACUGUGCUUGUGUCAACGAAGUCGGUGAAGCACACAGUGGAGGAAUGGAACAAAUACAGGAGCGAGUGCCUGCUGAGAAUGAGCACGGACCCCACAUCCCCAGGCUUAUUCUGCAGCCACAUGUUUGACAUGUACGCCUGCUGGCCGGAGGGCAUCCCCAACACCACCGUUAAAGUGCCCUGCCCGUGGUACCUCCCCUGGUACAACCAAGUUCGUAAUGGAUAUGUGUUGCGGGAGUGUGGGCCUGAUGGCCAGUGGGCCGUUAACAACACCAGUAGCACCUGGAGGGACCACUCCCAGUGCAACGCAGACAAUAACCAGCAGGUGGCACAGGAGAACCAGAUAGUGAUCUUGGCCUACUUCCGGAUGAUGUACACUGUGGGCUACUCUCUGUCCCUGGCCAGCCUUUCCCUGGCCCUUGUCAUACUGCUCAUCUUCAGGAAACUAAGGUGCACCAGGAACUAUAUCCACACCAAUCUGUUUGCGUCCUUCAUCCUGCGAGCCAUAUCCAUCCUCACCAGAGAUGCUGUUCUCACCAGGGACACCCCCGAGUUCAGAGACAACAGAGACGUGUCCAAUGUCCUCAGUGAUCAGGCUCUCUCUGGCUGCCGUGUGGCCCAGGUGCUGAUGCAGUACUGUGUGGGGGCUAACUACUACUGGCUGCUGGUGGAAGGACUGUACCUUCACAACCUGCUGGUGCUCAUGGUCUUCUCUGAGAACAGCUACUUCUGUGGAUACCUCUUCAUCGGCUGGGGAACCCCAGUGUUAUUUGUGGUCCCCUGGAUUAUAGUUCGGUACCUGUAUGAAAACACACGGUGCUGGGAGAUCAACGAGAACAUGGCACACUGGUGGAUCAUCCGCACACCCAUCCUCCUGGCCAUUCUGGUCAACUUUUUCAUAUUUAUUCGGAUCAUACAGAUCCUCGUCUCCAAAUUAAAGGCACGCCAAAUGAGGUACACAGAUUAUAAAUUCAGGUUGGCUAAGUCCACUUUGACCCUCAUCCCUCUCCUGGGCAUCCAUGAGGUUGUCUUUGCCGUGAUGUCAGAGGAACAGACAGAGGGCAUCCUCCGAAAUAUCAACCUCUUCUUUGAACUUUUCUUCAAUUCUUUCCAGGGUCUCCUGGUUGCCAUCCUGUACUGCUUCGUCAAUAAAGAGGUGCAGUCAGAGAUAAAGAAGAAGUGGCAGCGAUGGAAGCUGGGCAUGAACGUUCUGGACGACCUUCGCAACACCGGCAGCAACACGCUACAGGGGGGCACCAGCGGCGGGCAGUGCCACCAUGACCCGCCCUGCCAGCCUGACUGUCCACAGGAGGAUACCCACAACCUCUCCUCAGACGCCUCCGCCUCAGGGUCGCAUGCCCACCCAUGCCCACACCACCACCCAGGGGCCAAGAAGGGCAAGGCCUACUGCUACAUUUCCGCCCGCAAGCAGGUGCUGAACGGCCUUGAUGGAACUCCGCUGGGCAACGGGGGAGGAGAAGGAGUCAUCAAAUACUCUGAGAGCUACUGCUGAGUGGCCCUGUUGGGGUCUAAUGAGGGCUAACGAGUAGCUGGCUACCUUUGUCAUUUCUAGUGGAAGGAAUCCGAUCCAGACAAUCACCUGCUUCCAAUUCAGUUGUGUACUCCCAGAUCUAUGUGGCCUACUUGGUGUUUUGUGGAACCCAUGUCUUAAUAAUUUUGUGAACAUGAUCCGGGAAUCUUUGGAUGAUUGCCAGAAUGCCUUUUCUGCCCUGGCCAAUCAGGCUAUGUGUUGUGACUCUCAUAGGCUUCCAGUGGGAGAUAAGAUGACCCAUCCCAAGUGCAAUAUCGCCGCAAUCGACCCAGAUGUUGAGGAAAGCUACUACUUAAAUUAGGAAAUGAACACCGUCCAACCUUUAUCUGCUCAGAUUUGACUGUUUUGGGGGGGUUUGCCUCUUAGUUCUCUACCUCUCGCUCUACUUGUGGACAAAAUGGAAAGGUUACGUACCAACCGUGGACCGUCUUUUCAUGUGCAAUGGAUAUUAUAACAAUAGUUUGUUUUAUAUGUUGGUAUUGGAAAAAGUCUCUGUGAGGGACUUAGAGAAGGCAAGAGGUGAGCAAACCAAUAUUGUCUUCCCCUGUGAGUUAGCCACACACACACACACACACACACACACACACACACACACACACACACACACACACACACACACACACACACACACACACACACACACACACACACACACACACACACACACACACACACACACACUAUGGUUUCCCUAGGCAACUCUGUGUUUUGAAUUCCUCUCACCCAACCGUUGAAAACCUGUCAUGCCCCUUGCUCUCUAGUCAUACAUUUAUGGCAACCUUAUAGUCAUAGUUAUGGUAGCCUGUUACUCACCACAAAUGUUUUUUUUCUUGUAGCUUUUCCAGACUAACCACAACCACUUACCACCCAGCUGAAGGCUUUACAUCCUGCUGAACACAGGUCGUAACAUGCCAAGAUGGCAUCUCUCCUCUGCUUCUGGGGAUUAAGGUCCCAGCACCCCUGCUGCCAUGCAGCUGAAAUCAAAAUGGGGCAAUAGGAAAUGGCUCUCUACACGAUAGACCACAGCCACAAAAUACACAUUUAGUAUUCUGCUGCGUGCAUGUUGAUGGUAUGCUGUAGGUCUACAUGUCUGACGUCAUGUUUGCAAAGCUAAGAUCCAUUCUGUUCAUCCUCUGUGAAGAUGUCUGGUACGUUACAUACAUCUGUGUAAGGUUGCCAAAAACUCCAUGCUGGAAUCUGUAAGAAACAAAAUAUUUUGCACCCUCAGUGAAGUUUUGAAAUACCAAUUACCCAAUAUGAGUUUAGCUAAAGGUGCUUUAUUUUAACCCAGCUAACAAUCCCCCAGUCCUAUUUAAAGACUGGUUUCAAUCUAAAACUAGUACAGCACAACCCUAACUUCUCCAGAUAUAGCUUGACUACUCGGUGUGUAUGGAUCUGUCUGAGCGUCCAGAGCCCUCAAUUCAUUUUACUGUUUGUAAUUAGUCUCUUCUUGAGGGUCACAUUGCACCUAAUGGCUCCCCACCGGUUGAACAGGGGUUCUGUAUAAAUGUAGGCAAUUAAACCAGACAAUUUCCAACUUCCCUUUUGAAAUAGCUCCUCUAACCCGCAUACACAGAGGCCCCAUCUUCACACAUACCAAUGGAGUAAUGAGGUAGCCUUGUUUUUCUGUCUUCCCAUUCACUCCAAAUGGGGCUAACCCGUUACCCAAACAUGUCCACCAUCUCUCAGUGUCAUCAAAAUGUAGCACGUCAUACUAAUGAACAUGCAUUUUAUCACCAGGAGUAUUCCUACUAGGGUCAUUACUGGUGCUUGACAGAGGGGCCUCAACGCCUCUGGUGGCAUAGAUCAUUACCCUUGUGUGUGUGUGUGUGUGUGUGUGUGUGUGUGUGUGUGUGUGUGUGUGUGUGUGUGUGUGUGUGUGUGUGUGUGUGUGUGUGUGUGUGUGUGUGUGUGUGUGUGUGUGUGUGCGCGCAUGCUAUUAUCUUAAUUUCCAAAGUGGCUUGGCUGAUCCUCACAACUGAAAUAGCAUUCACAAACUGAGCAUUGCACUUCACAAAUAUCUUCUAGUAUAAUGUACCUUUGGCAACAUGCACGCGUAGCCUUUGGAAUUUCUUUGGCAAACAUUACAAAAUACUGUGUUGUUUGUAAAACAGCUUAUGUCAGACAUUGACCGUUCAAUAAAAAAAACGACCAGAUGUAGCAUAUAGUUAGUUAGCAUUGCUAGUAUGUGUUACAGUGGUGCCGUGACCUGGAUCUAGAGAGUGGACCCAGUAAACCGAGGUCAAAGGGAGGUAGAUUCAGUGGAUGCUUAUGUUAGAACCUUGCAGUGGGUUAGGACUGUACUGUCACCCUGGACCCAAAAUACAUUGGGUCCUUUGUGGCAGAGAGGUGGAACAUGUCACAUAAACGGACAUGACCUUCUGACGUGACUCCACAUGUUCUAUAUACCUGUCAACGGGUGAACUUGGAGCACUGACACUCAAAUGAUAUUUAUCUCUGUGUGAGUAGGUUAUCAUCACAGGGAGAUUACUGUACAAAGAGCAGCACUAAAUCUCACAUGUGACAUGAAUGGACACUAUUUUUACUCACUUUUUAUUUACACAUUUGUUAUUUAAAUUAAAUUAUUCUUAAUCUGA